AUAUGUCCAGUUUAUAAUGUUAAAAAUAUCUUUAAGAACUUAGUCAAAAUAUAUACUGAUAUUUUUAACUUUGUAAACCGGGCGUUUUCUGGAUUUACUGAGAUUAUUAAAGAUACAUUAUAAAAACUAAUUAUAGAAGCAUUUGUUGUAAAAGGAUAAUAUUUAAUUUAUUUAUUAAACAUUGUGGGUCAACAAUCAAGGUUUUUAGUUAUAAUUUUGUGUUCUUAAAAUUUAUAAUUAUUUUUUUUCCAGGUGAUAUGUGACCACGAAUUAAAAUUUACUCAUGUCUAUGCAGGACAGGUAGGGUCAGUGCAUGAUAUGAGAGUUUUUAGAUUGUCAGGGUUUGAAAACUUAUGUACUGACCAAUAUUUUCCUGAAAACAGUCAUCUACUGGGUGACGCUGCAUAUGGCAUUCAAAAAUAUGUAAUAGUUCCAUUUAAAGACAAUGGACACUUAACAAAUGCCCAAAUUACAUACAACAUACAUUUAUCUCAAGCAAGAAUGAUGAUUGAAAGAGCAAUAGGUUUAUUAAAAGGAAGAUUUAGGAGUCUUCUAGAUAAGUUGCCCAUGACAAGAACCGAUUUAAUUCCAAAAUAUAUUGUUGCAUGUUGCAUUCUGCAUAAUAUCUGUUUAAACCGAAACGAUUUCCUGGAUAUACCUGUUAUUGUGCAACAAAAUGAAUUUGCACAAAAUGUUAAUAAUGGGCCAGUAUUGCAAGGUUUGCGACAGGAAGGUAUAGAAAAACGUAAUGCAAUUAUAUAUUAUUUACAAAAUAAAAACUUUAAUUUGUAAUAAAGUUAUUUGUCUUAUUAGUAUAAGUAUAAUUUAGUAACAAGUAAAAGUAUCGACAAAUAAAUGUAGUUCUGACAUA